CGAGCGGAGGUACCGUCCAGCAGAGGAAGCGUCUUUUAUUCACCGAACACAAUAAUGGCCGCUAACCAAACACUCCGCUGCUCUGGACGUGGACAGGUCGACGUUGGAGGAUCACCGAUGUGUCUGUCGUCGCUUUGAAGCCGCCGUUUCUACCCGUUGGCCUCGCUGCUCUCCCACAAUGCAUUGCCAGAGGCUUUUGUGUGCGUCGGACAGACCCAUGUAACCGUUGCCACCGCUCCGCCCCGCCCACGUCACAGCAGCGAAGCAGGAAGGUCCUGCCCUGAUCGAUCUCGUUCACUGUCGCACCGCAGUCAUGUCCGGUUCUGGCGAUUUACCAGCCAUCGAGGGUUCUGGGAUGGGCGGGAUGAAGCUUCCCAUCGGGAUGACCCGGCGCGCCCUCAGCUACGACGACAACCUGGAGGCCCCCAUGUCCACGCCCCCCCACGACAUCAGCAUCAACAACCUGUGGAGGCGACCCGUCAUACCCGAGAGGAAGUUCUCGCAGCUGGCCGAGGAGGAUGAAACUUGUACAGCCAGCCAGCCCACGGUGCAGGACAGCGCCCCCUCCAGGUCACCAACCGUAGUGAAAGCCAAGGCCUCGUCCAUCAUCAUGAGUUCUCUCAUCACCAAGCAAACUCAGGACAGCAUGUACAAGUUUGAGCAGAGGGCAGGUCUAACCGACACCAGCUACACGCCUCACAAAGGCCUCACCGCCGAGGAGACGAGGCUCCACCAUCGCGUGCCCGACUCCCUGCAGAAACUGCAGAUCCAGAGUCUGGAGGCCAGAGAAGAGCGGCAGAACUCCUCCACCCAGUCCACUCCAUCCAACACUCCACACAGCUCCCCGAAGCUUCAGCGCAGAAGCUGGUUCAGCAGCACGAGCUCAGAGAUCAGCAUCAGCUCCUCCAACAGCAGCGUGGACAUGACGGGAGACCCGGCGGCGGCGGCAGCAGGAGUCGGAGGUGCUGUCGAGCGGUGGGGAGCGUUUGGACCUCGGCCUUUCCAGAAGUCCACCUCGGACCUGGGAUCAGACUCCUCAAGUGCAGCAGGCUUUGCGCUGCAGGCGUACCGCGGCGCCCAGAAGCCGACGCCGAUGGAGGUGUUGAAGACUCAGGCCACCCGGCUGGCCGACAACCCCGCCGCCCAGAAGGUGUCGCCGCCCAAGAUGGAGAUCCCCACCGUGGACGGCCGGCGGCAGGGAGCUCGGCCGCACAAGCUCAAACACAGAGACAUGAACAUCCUGACGCCCUCCGGCUUCUAGGGGUCGCCUGAACGCCUCCAAGCCGAGCGACGCCCUGAAGGUCCCACGACGUAAACGCCCCCCUGCACCGUUUGUCCUGUUUCACAAACGCUCGUUCUCCACUGUUUCCUGUGUUACUUCAUUUUAAGUUAAGUUUAAAGGGUUCCAACAAACGUGCAGGUUUAUCUGGAAGUUGAGCCGUAAAUGAAGGAUCCAAACUGAAAACGUCCAUCGCUGGUCACGUCUUGUGUUUGACUUGUUGUGAUGAACUCGAGUUAUUUUCUGUGCAAACACCUGAUGCAUGGGUUUGACUUCAGGUUUUUCCAUUCAAGUGCAUCUGGCUUUGCAGGAGGAGACGUUUCCCCCUUUUUGCUUUUUUUUUUCUUUCUUUUAACCAGUUUGUGAAAACCUCCGUUCAUUUCGUGGGACCUUCAGCUGCUUCACAUGACCACUGGACUCUCCACCAUCUUUGCCACUGAAACAAAUCAGAAUAUAUAUAUAUGAAGAAAAGAAAAUAGACAUUUAGACGAAGAAAAGAACUCCUGACAUUCCUCUCAUCCGUCACCAACGUGGGCUCCGACCAGCAUCGGCCCAAACGUCCAGAAGAGAACUUUGUGUAGCUGAAGGUGGAGAUGAUCCCGGUUUAAAACGUUUCCGUUUCAAUGCACUUUAUCCACUUUUAUCUCUUUCCAGACCUUUUCCGAGAUGCACAGCGUUCCCGUUUGUCUCCAGAACCCUUUUGUUUGUCGUCUCAAAGGGUCUUUUCAGCCAAACGGGACGUGCAGAAGAACCACAAGCGUAGUUUAGCAUCAACCGACGGAACAAAAGUAUUCCAAAUAUAUUAUAAAAUGGAAAGAUUUAGUCUCAGGAAAGUUGUCAGGCUCCUGCUCACCCAUUUGUUUUGCUUUUAAAGUAGAAAACGCAGCAACAGAUUAUUACUAUUAUUAUUACAAUUGUUCCUUUUGGGGAUCAGAAGAGUGAAAAGCUUCCUGCUGUGAGCGCACGGAGGUCAAACUCUGGACCAAAACUCGCCGGCCGCAUGUUUUUCCGAGCUCUGAAAUUAGGCAGAAAAGACGGUCGAAGGAUUUCCGAUGAGUUCAGGUGCUUCAGACGUCUGCCGGGUGGAAACGUGUCCUUAACCGGACGAGGGAGUGACCAGGAUGCAGGCUUUUGUUUUAGAAAGUGCAGCGAGUGUUCAGUACAUAUGCAAAGUGUCUGCAAGGAGAUUGGUGCAAAGCUCCGGCGCGUUAAACGAAGCCGACGGUCGUUGUUUUGCACUUUUUUUUUGUUGUUGUUUUUUAUGAAGUGGGAUCAGUCUAUUUGCUGGUAAUCGAUCCAACAAACAGCAGCUAAAGGUUUCAAGAAGUCAUUUUUUUCCCACCUGUAGCCGGUGUCCAAUCCGUCGUCGUUGUCGUCUCAUCCUGAACACACUCAGCAGCUGUAGCCAGUAGACGCUUUCUGUUAAGUUAAACGGUUUGUCGUUUGUGAUCACAAAGUGUUUUUAAAGUGUGACGCUGUUCCCUUUAAGCCUCUCCCCAUCACGACCCAAUCGCCUCCUCCUCCUCGUCCUCCUGUACGUGAGACUGAAUUAAAUUAUCUGUUGUUUUUCUAGUCGAUGUUCAAAGGAGACGGUUUUCGUUGAUUUAUAGUCUCUGGGAAUAAAUGUUACAUCAGAAAAAACAAA